AUGGAUCUUAAUUGUACAUUGGUUGUCGGAAUGAAUAAAUACACUGCCACGUCUUCUGCUCAAUCUGAAUAAGUACAUUUUGUCUGCAACGUCAGCACAAGCUACAGUUAGCUGUUGUAUAAUGUCAAGGUAGACGUGCAUUUUUAAAUCAGUUUUGUUUAAACAACCAAAGUGCUGCAGACUGCUCACAUACUAUCGUUCAUAUGUGUUAUAUUUGAAGUUCAUUGCGUUCACGGUGGAUUCUUUAGCUCUGUGAUUAUGUAUAUCAUUCUAGAGACGGCUGUGGAAUUGUUAUUAUAAUAAAAGAGCAUAUUGUGUUAAAUGCUUCUUGUUUACUGCCAGCACAUUCUUGAGAGAUUGUGGACAAACGUAUUGAGACACAUCUCUUACUUAUUUGCUUUGUCAAUUUGCGGCGGAAGUUUAAUCUUAAACUUGGUAAGACAUUGUUGAACAUUGUUGUGUAAACCAGCAAAAAAAAAAAAAAAAAAAGCGUAAGAAGCAAGGUGCAUAUAGGGCAUGGUUGAAUGAGUUUUGUGUGGAAGAACUAAUAAUUGCCUAUACAUUUGUUCAGAUUGUGUGUGACAUGAAUUUAAUUUGGUAUACAAGAAGCAUAAUGUGUCUGGUCAAUUUUGUUAGAUUUUUUUAAUUGUGUACUACAUUCCUAGUUUUAGAAUAGUUCUGAUGACUACCCAAUACUAAAAACACCAUAUUUGGCCAAUAAAAGACAACCUUAACUAUGUUAACUCUGAAAGCUUUACAUUUUAUGGAUGACCAUGUCUAUACUUGUAAAUCACGUUCAUUUGCCAGCCUGAAGAUGGAACCAUCUCAUGGGAUUUUGAAAGCUUUCCCCAAAGUUAAAAGGGCCCGAGUUCAAGGAAAGGAUUCCCCUCCUUUAAAGAAGAAAUCUGAUGAAUAUGAUGUCACAGGAAAUACCUUUAAUGGUACCUCAGUGUACAUCCUGCCGGCUGGAAUAGGAAAUGCAAGAUGUCAAAUAUUCCAAAGACAAAUUCAACGGAAUGGAGGCCAGACAGAGAGGUCUCUGUGUGCUAGUGUCACUCAUGUUGUCGUCGAUGACAAUAUGGAGUGUGACAGGGCUCUGCGUCUCAUCAAGGUAGAUGCAAUGCCUUCUGGAGUCCAUCUAGUGAAAUGCAGUUGGUUAAGCUCGUGUAUCAGUGAGAAACAACUCUUGGAUGAAUCAAGCUACAGUCUUUUACCGAAGAGGGAUUCUGAAACUCAACUAGAAAAAGACUUGCUGACUGACAAAUCCGCUGCUGAAAUGCUAAACCCAGCGUGUGAUCAAAGCAAGCAAGGGGAGACAUUACACUUGAGUGUAUCCGACAAAGAAGAUAUGCAAGGAGAAGAAGAUGGAGUCUGUCAGAGUCACCUGGAAGCCCUCAUCACAGGUCAAUGCCGCAAAGAAGAUGCCCCUGGGCCCAGCCUUGAUGAUGGUCGAGACACUACCACUCAUGUGGUGGUCUCAGGGAAGUGGGUCUGCGCCCAGUCUUCUCAGUCCAAAAGUAAUAACUUCAACAAGCACAUCACCGACAAAUUAGAACAACUGGCCAAGGCUUAUACACACCAGGGAGACAAGUGGAGGGCUUUGGGCUACUCCAAGGCUGUCAAUGCAUUAAAGAGCUAUCACAAGGCGGUCACAUCGUAUCAGGAGGCAUGUCUCAUCCCAGGAAUUGGUAAACGCAUGGCAGACAAAAUUGAUGAAAUCACGGAAAGUGGUCAUCUGCGCAAGCUCGAUCACAUUGGAGAGGCUGUGCCAAUAUUGGAGCUUUUCACUAACAUUUGGGGCGCAGGAACAAAAACAGCACAGCUUUGGUACCAACAGGGAUUCCGCACUUUGGAGGACAUUCGCACAAAAGCCCACUUGAGCAACACUCAGAAAAUAGGACUCAAGCACUACAAUGACUUUCUAGACAGAAUGCCCAGGGAAGAAGCUGCAGCCAUUGAGAAAGUGGUGAAGCAUGCGGCCCAAGAAAUUGAUCCUGGCCUGGUGGUAAUGGCAUGUGGCUCGUACCGCAGAGGAAAGAGCACAUGUGGAGACGUCGAUGUGCUGAUAUCACAGCCUGAUGGAAAGUCCCACAAAGGUGUAUUCAGCAACGUGCUCCAGAGCCUCCAUGACACUGGCUUUUUAACAGAUGACCUAGUGAGCCAUGAGGAGAAUGGAGAGCAGAAGAAAUACAUGGGCGUAUGCCGCUUGCCAGGACCAGACCGCCGUCAUCGCAGGCUGGAUGUCAUUGUAGUGCCCUACAAUGAGUUUGCCUGUGCUCUCAUGUAUUUUACUGGCUCUGCACACUUCAACCGCUCCAUGAGGGCCCUGGCAAAGACAAAGAACAUGAGCUUGUCAGAGCAUUCGCUUAACCAAAGUGUGGUGCGUCAAGGUAGUGCCAAGGUUUAUGCUGGCACUCCACUACCUACACUCACAGAAAGCGACGUUUUUAAUCAUUUGGGUAUACCAUACAGAGAGCCUUGUGAAAGGGACUGGUGAUGGUUUACAAUUGCAAUGCUUUUGUUCUUAUAAAUUUAAGACAGUUGAACUCUCUUCACACUAGACUGACUAGAAAGUUGAUCUUAUUUGACAGUUCAAAGGGAGCGCCAACACUGAAUCAUCUGCUGAACUACAUAUACAAGAAUGCACAAAUGUCAUAUACUGGCUUCGCAAGCUGAGUUUGAAAUAGCUUGAUAAACAUGCAAAUAAAACAUUAAAUUUAGGUUUUAUAUGUACACCAUUUUCCUGAGCUGAUAAAAUGAAAUGUAAAACCAUGUCGCUGCCACUUGAAAUUAAACAAGUAAUCAUGAAA